AUGGCAGAAAAUGCUGUCACGGGCAUCGACAUGGAGUCAUCCUUGAACCCCUUUUUGCAUCCAUGGACAAUCCUAGCCGCACAAAUCAUCCUAACAGGCCUGACUGUAGGCUUCACGAAGCCAUCAUCAUUCAUACGACCUGCCAUGCUGCUGCCCAUACUUUGUAUAACAGUGGCGUAUAUCUCAACCGCACGGCGGCGUGUGGACAAUAUCUUCCAAGUUAGUUGGGGAGGGUCUCAAGCCGUGCUGGCAACAUAUCAGUACAUCGAUGUGGCCAUCGUGAGCCGCUGGGAUUUUGAGUACUCUGGUCCGAAAGCUAGCAACAGGGCAAAAGAUCAGAGGUCACCAUUCAGCGCUGACACCUUGUGGAAUCGACUCAAAUUUGGGCUGUACGCGGCGUCCAGCUUUCGCAAUUGUGCAACAGUGUUUGAGACACGCGGUAUAAAGCCUUUUGACAGGAAAGAUCCAUCCUUCGUUCCGUCAAAAGAACGGUUCAUCGUCUCCACCACGGUCCACCUAAUCGCAUGCUAUCUGGCACUGGACAUCUUAACUUCACUGGGUGAUCCGGAACGACAAGCAGUGCUUUUCUCGGAAGAACGAAUCCCUCUGCUUUCUCGUUUGAACGAGGUUACAAGCCAGGAGCUUGUCGAUCGCCUCGUCUGCUCUUUUGUUUUCUGGCUGGUCAAUUAUUUGGUGUUGUCGACUUCGGUGACGGCCAUCAGCCUCGUCAUGGUUUUGACUGGCAUGACUUCGGUUGAAUGGUGGAAACCAAUGUUCAAUAUCGACAACGGCUUCCCAUACACCAUCCGGAGAUUUUGGAGGUGA